AUGGAGGAGGCCAACGCCAGGCUACUCGCCGGCGAUGUCGACGACGGCGGCGACUUCGACGGGAAGACCAAAAUGGGCCUCCUCAAUUCCGACCCCAAGAAGAAGAAGAAGAAGACGACCGCAGAUAAGGGCGGCUUCCGAACCAUUCCAUUCAUCAUACUGAACGAGGCGUUUCAUACGUUAGCAAGCACGGGGCUGAACGCGAACAUGGUAAUCUACCUGACGAGUUCCUUCCACAUGGAGGCCGCCGCGGCUUCCAGCUUCAUCUCCCUCUGGGCCGCGGCUUCCAGCGCGCUGGCCGUAUUCGGGGCUUCGCUGUCCGACUCCUUCCUGGGCCGGUUUCGGGUCAUCGUCCUCGGCUGCUGCUUCUCCCUUCUCGGAACCACUCUAUUCUGGUCAACGGCAAUGCUACCCCAGCUCCACCCGCCGGCGACAACCACCGCCACCGCGACCCCGUUCCAGCUCUCCGUCCUCUACGCAUCGCUGGGCCUCAUCUCCCUCGGCGCCGGCUGCCUGCUGCCGUGCUCCAUGGCCUUCGGGGCGGACCAGCUGGACAACAAGGACAACCCGGACAACGACAAGGUCCUGCAGCGCUUCUUCAACUGGUACUACGCCGUCGCCGGCGCCGCCACGCUGCUGGGGCUCACCGUCCUCGUCUACGUUCAGGACAGCUACGGGUGGGAGGUGGGGCUGGCCGUCCCUGCUUUCCUCAUCUUGUUCUCCGCGCUGCUCUUCUUGCUUCCUUCUUCGAUCUACGUGAAGCACGAGGCCAAGAGCAGCUUGUUUGCGGGCUGCUUUCGGGUUGUGGUGGCGGCCGUGAGGAAGGCGGCUAGGGUUGGUGACGGUGAGGUGGCGAGUUUGGGUGAUGGUGGUGGUGGCCGGUUUUUCCAAGGUCGUGUUGGAUCCGGCGACUUUACGAUUACCUGCCCAACUCCUAACUUUAGGUGCCUGAACAAAGCUUGCUUCAUAGCCAAUCCAGAGACAGACAUAAACCCUGCAGACGGCUCAGCAACAGACCCAUGGAACCUAUGCACCAUAGAAGAAGUAGAAGCCGUGAAAUCAAUCCUUCGAGUCCUGCCCAUUUGCUCCACUGGGAUCCUCCACUACGUCACCUUAGUUCAGUACCCUUUCAUGACGCUGCAAGCCGAGACCAUGAACCGCCACAUCUUCCCCAACUCGACCUUCCAGCUCCCACCGGGCUCCCUCAACUGCUUCGUCCUCCUCAGCUUCACCCUCUGCAUCGUCCUCUACGACUCCACCUUCGUCCCUAUCCUCGCGAGGAUCACAGGGAAUCCCCGCGGCCUGAGCACCAACGUUCGGCUCGGAGCAGGGAUGGUCCUGUCCGUGGUCGCCAUGGCGAUUUCAGGUGUUGUGGAGAGCGUCAGGAGGGGGAUGGCAAUCCAACAACCUGACAACGCCGCGACGACGGUGGACAUGUCCGUGUUGUGGCUAGCGCCGGCACUGCUUCUGCUCGGGAUGGCGCAGACUCUGAACUCGAUCGAGCAGAUCGCGUUCUACUACUCGCAGCUGCCGAAAUCCAUGGCCAGCAUUGCUGUGUCGCUGUACACCAUGGUCACCGCGAUUGGGAGCCUGGUUUCGAGUUUUCUGAUCAACGCGGUGGAUGGUCUGACCUCCGGAAGAGGAAAGGCGAGCUGGUUGUCGACCGAUCUCGAAGAGGGCCACUUGGAUUACUACUAUUGGCUCAUAGCUGGACUCUGCCUGGGAAAUUUUGUGUACUUCUUGCUCUGUUGCAGGGCAUUUACGCCUCCUGCAGCUUGA